GCGCUCGCGCUUUCUGUCAGUCGGCGAAAUGACGCGUCGGAGAGCGUUUCCGUUCACGUUUUUGUCAGCGUUGGUGUUCUGUGUAACAUUUCAACGAGGUACUCCCGCUGUUGCCGGAACCAUAGAAAAUAAGAGUGUUACUGAGAAAGCACGGCCAGAAGGCUGCGUCGAGUGCGGAUAUUACAGAUGUCCAGAGAAUCCUGGUAAAUGUUUGUUGGGCUCGGUGCCUGAUCCUUGUGGAUGCUGUCCAGCUGGUUUAUGCGCUCGUCUCCUUAGCGAGCCAUGUUGGAACGCGAGCAUCUCUCUUCUAUCCCCAAAGAGCCGUAACGACGGAUACUGCGCAAGAAAUUAUCUAUGCGAGUUACGUUCCGAUCUACAAGAAGAGGAUGCUCCGGAGGCAGUCUGUGUUUGUAUGGAACAGAGUCCGGCAUGCGGUAGUAAUAACGAAACUUACGCAACACCAUGCGCGUUGCACGAAGAGGCGAUGAAACUCAGGAACUCAUCUUCCUUGAGAUUGCAACAUCUUGGUCCUUGUGAAAGUAGACCUUGGAUUCUGUCAACUUUGGAAGAUGUUGCCUCAUCUUUUGGUCAACGCGUCGCACUCAAUUGCGAGGCAAAGGGUUUCCCUGUGCCGGAUAUCUUUUGGGAGUUUCAUUCGGCUGAUGGAAGAAGAGUACUGAAAUUGCCGGGAGAGGAGCACGAGGCGACGGUACAUACGAGCGAGGGUCCGGAGCCUCUUAUGCGAACAUCUUGGAUGCAAUUGACUCGGCUGAAUAAAGAACACAUUGGAAUAUAUCAUUGCAUUGCUAACAAUUCCAUAGGCGAAGCAAGCACAGCUUCAUUCGUGUCCAUGUCGUGAGAUUAUAUUUUUAUUUUGUGAGACAAUUUUUCGUAUAACUGUUGUAUGCACGAAUACAAUAUGAAAAGAAAAACAAGCAAGC